AUGGGUGCAAGCCAAGCACUAUUCUUGACAAAGUGGCCAGUGAUAAUUGUCGCGGGAAAGACACAGAGGGAGUACCAGAAAGACCUACUGGAACUGCGAUUCAAAGAGGAGGAAGUCGGAGAAUUGGUCACGGUAGCAGGGAUUGCAACAUGGGCGCACAUUCAAUUCCACAACAAGUUAAAAACACUUGUGAAGGACGCAGGAGUAGAAAAUGUACCCAUUCUAAUCCAACCAGUCCGUGAAGCACUCCCACAAGCUCUUAGAGACCUGACAUCAGCGGAGAAAGUGAAGAGGUUGAAAGAGAGGAAGGAGGCAGAGAAAGCUGAGAACGCGCGCAUCACACGAUUGGAGAGCCAACAAGAUCCCAUUGAAGUUCUAUGCUUGCAGAUGCAGCAAAUGUCAAUUGGAGCUAACACCCAGAACACAGAAGUAAAAACACCCCAAAGAACUAUGGGAAACGCACCUGUAGAUGCAGCAAUAACAAGAAGGCCAGUGAGAUAUGUCACAGCUAAUCAAGGGCAAACCAAUCAGCAUCCUAGAGGACAACCGCCAAUGCAAGAGGAGCAAGACACAUUACACACCUGUAUCAAUGAACUGCAGCACCACGCAGAUUCAAAUGACGGACAAGCAGCAUAUAGGGAACAGCUGAGAUGCUGGGCAGUGAAAUGGAGAGAAGGAGCUAGAUGCACGGAGAGAACACCCUUCCCAUUGACACCUGGAACAGUGCAAAUCUGUUCAGGUGAAUGUUUCGGAUAUGGUACACAUGGGCAUAUUGGACCAAUGUGUCCCCUCCCAGAAAAUGUGCAAUUGCCAAAGAACGAGACUCCACAGAUCAACUUCAUUAUAGAUGAGAUCAUAGAUCAGGGAAAAGAGAAUGAGUUGUUGGCAUAG